AUGGAUAGAAAGCGCUCCAAGAAGUCUGCGGGUCGUCGAGUCAAAGCUCCAUCUUUGACGGAACCUCCAGUCGACCGUCAGCACAGAUCCUCGAGUGUUUUAUGGCUCAAACUCAACUUCACCAUCAAAACAGCUCGUCUGCAGUCUCUCAAGCGGCAAAAGUAUCAGCACUUACAAGAAGAAGCUUUACUCAAGGCUCGAGGGCUGCUCAAAAAUUGGGAAGACGGUCCAGUGGUUCUCACCGAGGACUUGUACAGUCGAGCUCGCAAUGAACAGGAGGCGCAAGAACUGCUCAACUACACGCCAGAAGCACUAGCACUACGCUUCAGUCUACGCAAUCAUCCAGACGUAGUCGACGCCGUCAAGCAGCUUUGGUCUGUCCAGCUUCCUCGAGACGAAAUGGGUUGUAUUGACAAAAAAGGGUACGCAUCCUUGUUCCGACGUAUCGGUCGAAGCUUGGAGCCUGAUGCAAGUAAGAAGCGUCUUCGACGUAUGGAGAGAACCAUCACAGAAGACUGGAGUCGAGACAGCAAAGGCGAGUCGGUCAUGAGCUUCGCCACUUUCUUCGACAGCGUCUUCGAACUCGCCGAUCUCUGGUGUGAGACGAUCGAUGUGGACGAGUAUAUCACUUUUCUUCGAAGAUUAGUACAACGCGUGAGUGCACUACGACGUAACAAACAAGACCCAAGCGAUGAAGGGAAAAGAAUGUUACGUUCGCUCAAGCAGAUCAAGGCUAUCGACGAUGACGAACGAGGAGUUAUCAAGUGGAAGCGACAUGGACGAUAG